AUGACUUAUACUACUAGGCAAGUUGGUGCCAAGAACACCUUAGAUUAUAAGGUUUACAUCGAGCACAAUGGUAAGCCAGUAUCUGCCUUCCAUGAUGUUCCAUUGUACGCUGAUGAAGAGAACAAGAUCUUCAACAUGAUUGUUGAGAUUCCAAGAUGGACCAAUGCUAAGUUGGAAAUUACCAAGGAGGAAGCAUUGAACCCUAUUAUUCAAGAUACAAAAAAGGGUAAGUUGAGAUACGUAAGAAACUGUUUCCCUCACCAUGGGUACAUCCACAAUUAUGGUGCUCUCCCACAGACAUGGGAAGACCCAAAUGUUGCUCAUCCAGAGACUAAGGCUGUCGGCGAUAACGAUCCUUUGGAUGUUUUGGAGAUUGGUGAAACUAUUGCGUAUACCGGUCAAAUCAAACCAGUCAAAGUUUUGGGUGUCAUGGCUUUGUUGGAUGAAGGUGAGACUGAUUGGAAGCUAAUUGUAAUUGAUGUUAACGAUCCCCUAGCCCCCAAAUUGAACGAUAUUGAAGAUGUUGAAAAGCACCUCCCUGGUUUGUUGAGAGCAACGAACGAAUGGUUCAGAAUUUACAAAAUCCCAGACGGCAAACCGGAAAACCAAUUUGCUUUCUCUGGCGAAGCCAAGAACAGAAAGUAUGCCUUGGAAGUUGUAAGAGAAUGUCAUGAGGCGUGGAAACAAUUGAUCUGCGGUAAGGCUGCUGACUCUAAGAAGAUUGAUUUGACCAACACGACGUUAGUCGAAACCCCUUCUUAUUCGCCUGAGGCCGCUACAAUGGUUACAGCAGCGGGUCCUCUAGCAGACGGUCCAAUUGACAAGUCCAUUGACAAAUGGUUCUUCAUCUCUGGUUCCGCCUGA